CUCGACAGCCCGACGCACGAGCGCUACAGCCUGAGCCCCGUCCGCCACGAGAGCCAGAAGCUCCUCCUGAGCCCGCGCAAGGCGAUGCGCCAGGUCAGCCGCGUGCCCUUCAAGGUCCUCGAUGCGCCCGAGCUCGCCGACGACUACUACCUCAACCUCGUCGACUGGUCGUCGACCAACGUGCUCGGCGUCGGUCUCGGCUCGGCCGUCUACACGUGGAGCGCGCAGACGAGCGAGGUCAAGAAGCUGUGCGACCUGUCCGAGUCGGAUCCGCCAGAUUCCAUCACGAGCAUCAACUGGGUUAAUACGUUAGCCAUCGCCGUCGGGACCAAGAGCGGCAUGAUCCAGAUCUGGGACGCGCAAGCCGGCCGCAUCAUCCGGCGCAUGACGGGUCACACGGCACGAGUCGGCGCCCUCGCCUGGAACGACCACAUCCUCACGUCGGGCUCGCAUGACCGCCUCAUCUACCACCGCGACGUGCGCAUCAAGGACCACUGGACGAACAAGCUCGCCGUGCACCGGCAGGAGGUGUGCGGCCUCAAGUGGAGCGACGACAACCAGCUCGCGAGCGGCGGCAACGACAACAAGCUCUUCGUGUUCGACAAGAUGUCCGAGACGCCGCUGCACCGCUUCACCGACCACGUCGCGGCCGUCAAGGCGAUCGCGUGGAACCCGCACCAGCACGGUAUCCUCGCGAGCGGCGGCGGCACCGCCGACCAGAAGCUCCGGUUCUGGAACACGCUCACGGGCAACCUCCUGCAAGAGGUCGACACGGGCAGCCAGGUGUGCAACAUGCUCUUCAGCAAGAACUCGAACGAGCUCGUCACGACGCACGGCUUCUCGGCGGGCCAGGCGCAGAACCAGGUCAUCAUAUGGCGGUACCCGUCGAUGCAGCAGGUCGCCCAGCUCACCGGCCACACGUACCGCGUCCUGUACCUCGCCGCCUCGCCCGACGGGCAGACGAUCGUCACCGGCGCCGGCGACGAGACGCUCCGGUUCUGGAGCGCGUUCCCCAAGAGCAAGGUCGAGCGCAAGGCCGACACGAGCAUGCUCAGCCCGUUCGGGCAGAUCCGCUGA